AUGCGUUUUGCGUCUCUAUUUUGUCUCUAUUUUGUAGAUAAAAUAUAUUUCUGAUCUACCAACAAGUCUGACAAUAAAUAAAAAUAAAAAAAAAAAAACCAAAAAAAACAUUACGCGUGGCCAGUGCAAUUUGAAAAGCUCACUGCUGAUUGGCCUUUGGCAACGGAUGUUUUCUUUUUUUUUUUUUUUUGACAUCAUUUGACAUAUAAUAUCACAAUUCGCUGAAUGUUAUUAAUUUUUAAUUUUAUAUAAUUUAACUAAAAACUAUUUUAAUCAAAGUGACUGUCUGUAAUUGUGUCAUAGUAAAAUUAUUAAUUUUUAAAAGUUAAAAAAAGACAUAUUACCGAGCUGGCGUUAUCAUUUUUAUCAAGAUUUUGGAGAGACAAUGACAACAACAAAAACAUGAGUGAAAUAAAUAAAAUUAAUGACAAUAAAAAUUGUCAAAAAAUUAAUGAAAAUGAUAUUAAAAAUAUAAAAUGUGAAACUGGUUAUCAUGCUGUUUAUGUACCACAAAAUGAUUCAUCAAAAAAUACAUCAUCAUCAGAUGUUCAUAUAUAUACAAAUAAGCUUGAUGCAUUGAAAGAUAUGAAAAAAAAUAAAUCAGCAAGAUUAAUGACAUUUAAAACAUUGCAAGAAGCUGAAGAAUUUACAAAAAAUGGUUACGAGCAAAAUAAUAAAAAUAUAAACAAUAAAAUAAUACCAGUUAUACAAGUAACAAGUAACAAUAAUGAACCAAGUUUAUUCAAAGGUCCAACAAGUCAAGAACUCGUUGCAUUUAGAAAACUUAUUGAGGCUGGUUUGGUUGAUGAUGUCAAAGAACAAGUAUGGAAUAAUCCAAGGUAUCUUAUAAGCAGUGGUGAUACACCAGCAAUACUUCAAGAAGGCAGUCGUUAUAAUGCUGUUCAUAUUACAGCAAUAAGAGCAUCAAAUAAUGUUGUCAUGUUAAAACUUAUUCUUGAUAUUGUUAGUGAUCCAAAAUUUUCUGGUUUAAUGUAUGGAAAAGAUGAGGAUAAUGAACGUGCACAAAUUUUAUUAGAUCUUUAUUUAAAUACACCAGAUAAAGGUCUCAAUGAAACACCACUACAUUUUGCUGUUAAAUAUGGACACAAAGAUUUGGUUAAAUUACUUUUAUCAUAUCCACAAUGUCAAAAAAAUAAAAAAAAUAAAUAUGGCCAGUUACCAUCGGAUAUUGUUUGUUCAAGAAAAGGAAAAGAUGAUGAAACACUUGUUAAAGAUAUUAGUUUAUUAUUAGAAGAUCAGUAUUAUGUACCAGUACUACGUGCUGAAGAUAAUAUUCUUCAACCAAGAAUUGGUGAACCAUUUUUACCAAUAAGUCCACCAAGACUUAAUCUUGAUCCAUUAAGUCCAAAAAUUGAAGUUGCUGCAUUUGCUGGACCAAUGACUAAACCUCAAGCUAUGGAAUUUCGUAAAAAAUGGAAAACACCACCAAGAAGAAAUUUAACACCAAAUGAUAAUAAAGAAAAUUUAAAUAAUUCAUUUGAUUAUUUAACAAGUCCAAGAUCUAAAAAUCCAACAUCAAGAUAUCAAGAUAGUGAAAAAGGACUUGAAAGAGUUGGAAGAGAUUUAGCUGAAGAAUAUCAUGUUGCUUGGAAAGAAUUAUGGCCUUUUUUAGAUGGUUUUGUUGAUCUACGUUGUGCAGAAGGUCUUGCAAUGUUGGAAAAACAUUUAAAUUGUUUAUUGAAUAAAGUAGCUGUCAAGACAAAAAAAUCUAGAAAAUCAGAAAAUUCAGUUAAAAGGUGGUUAUUUGAUGAUGAUGAUGAAAAAAUAGAUGAUGUAGAUGAUAAUGAUAAUGAUGAUGAAAUUGAAAAGUUAGCUGAGAAACUGGGUAUGUGCUCGUUGGGAAAAACUUUUGAGGACUCGUCAGACUCUGAUGAUGAUUUUCAUACACCAUCAAGUUCUCCAUUACCAAAAGUUGGUGAUCACGAGUCUGAUAGUUCUGAUGAUGAUUUGGUUGAAGCUGAAGAAGGUGAUGCUGUAUUUAUUGAUGGAAAAGCACCUGGAAAAAAUGAUUUUGCUGUAUUAAAUGCUAUACCUGAUUUUAUUGAUUCAGAAAUUUAUCCUUAUAUCUACAGAUGGAAGCAUGAAGUUCAAUUGGCAACACGUAGAAAUAAUUUUACCUUUGCCACGCCAAGAAAAUUACAUAUUUAAGUUUUAAAAAAUAAUGAAAAAACAGUGAUGGUCUAAUCAAAAUCUUGCCUAUAAUUUUAAUUCAAAUAACUAUUAAUUUUUAAAUUUAAAUCGACACUUCCUUUGCAUGAUUGAAUUUCUUUUAUUUUU